AUGUUUCCACCGUGGCUGGGGCGCGUCGCGGAUGUGGCCGGCGCUGGGUUGGUGAGCUACCUCUGCAACGUGAGCCUCGUGUGCCCGAGCAUCCCGCCGUGCCCGGCCCUGCCCAGCGUCCUGGGCGGGCCGCAGUGGGCCCAGGCGCCGCAGCCGGGGCCGUCGUGCGGGCCCUGCCCCGAACCGCCGACCUGCCCAGGGGAGCAGGUGUGCCGCUGCUGGACGCUCAGCUUCUCUCUGUUCCUCGUGGGGGUGCUCGUCGGGGCGCUCGUGGCCAGGAUGGCGACCACUCAGUGGGUAUACGUCUGGUACGCCGGCGAGAACAAGUGGCACCAGCACCUUAACUUGGGCAGGAUCGCUCUCAGUCGGAGUGAUCACGUCAUCUACACUGCGGAUGGCGACAUGUAUAUCAUCCAGAUCCAGGAUAAUCCAGACAUCCAGGCGACGAGGUUCGGCACGUACGCCACGCCCCCCGUCGGCCUGCGGCGGGCCGACGUCUACGGCUUCAGGCAGGAGCCCACCCAGGCCGAGGUCCGCCAGCUCGUGGUCGAGGCCGAGGAGGUGGCGGGCCAGGAGUGCAGGCGCCGGGCGGAGCUCAUCGGGGACUUGCAGGUGCUGCGCCCGGCAGCGCCGCCGCCUGGCCCCGCCGUGGGGCUGCUGCGUGGCCGCGCUGCUGCCGCCCGGGCUACGCCUCGCGCGGGUGGGGUGGCCGACGUGAACGACGGCGUGUGGCGUGUCGCGGCGUGUGUGGGCGACUUCAGGGUGGGCGACGAGAUCGUGGAGCACGUGCCGUCGCCCUCCCGCGUCGGGGAUCGGGACCUCCACCUGCUCCCGUCAGGCGAGGCCCUCUUCGUGGAGUACGUCACCUCGGCGGCCCUGCCGGGGUUCCUGCAGCGCGCCGUGGGGGCCGACGCGAGGAUCCUGCCAGUGACCCGCAACAAGCGGGGGAAGAGGGAGCUCACCUGGUCGGCGAUGGUCGAGCUCACCAAUCGUGAGGAGUUCGACGCCUCCGACUGGGGGCUCCCCGGCUCCCGCACUGCCGACUGGUGCAUGGACUACAUCCUGAACGAAGGCCUCGGGAUCGAGGGCCACCACGAGCACUUCAGGUCGAUCUGCAAGCUCGCGGCCUCGGACUGGGGCGUGCAGGAGCACUACCAGCUCAGCCUGCAGCUCAAGCAGGCCCUCUGCAUCGACAUGCUGGACGGCUCGAAUCUAGUGUCGGUGGAGACAAAGUUCAGGAGGAUGCAGACGAUCGAGUGCGCCCACUGGGACAAAGCGAAGGACCAGGAGAGCAAGGGGAUCGGCGGCAAGCUCUCGUUGGAGGAGCAGGCCGCGUUCUCGGGCGUGACUCGCGCCCACACGGCCAUCAUGAUCUGCCCGGACCUCAUCGAGCAUGUUCGGGCGGAGCUCGAGCGGGAGGGGAAGCUCAACAAGAACCUGCGCCUGGCACGCGCCCUGUCGCUGGCCCAGCGCCAGUGCCUGGCGCACAACAGCAGCUCUGUGGAGAAACUUGGUGCUCCUCCGCGAGAUCUGUCUCCCGCAGAAGCGCUACGGCAGCUUCGCGUGGCCGGGGGCGGCUACUGCGUCGAGGAGUCGCCCCUCGGAAGCUAUGACCCCGCGCUCGUCUCCUUGCCGGACGGGAAGGUGCCUCCAGUACCGCUCUCGGACGUGUGGGGCGAUGGCGGGAUAUCCAAGGUCGAGCUUUUUGUUCAGCAGAGCCUGCUGCCGGCUGACGUGGCGGCCGCUCGACUGGACGCAUGCUCUGUCAAGACGCCCUACUCGGACCCUCGGCUGAGGUGCGCACGGGACUGGGAAGGUUUCGCUCGUGAUCUGCAUGCUCGUAAUUUGAUCGACUUCUCGCUGGACGACGGGGUGAGGGUCGACGCAUUUUUUGUCAAGAAGAAGGGGGGCCGCCUCAGGAUGGUGAUCGACUGCAGGCGCAGCAACGUCGUGUUCGCCGACCCCGCGCCUGUCGCCCUGCCCACGGGGGACUCGUUCGCCGCGCUCGAGCUGGACGACCCCGAGGGCAUCCUGGACGUGGAGGGCGUUGGCCUGAAGGACGCGUUCUACCACCUCGAGCUGCCCAUCGAGCUCAGGAAGUACUUCGUGAUGCGGCCCGUCCUGGCGGGCUCCGUCGGUGUCUCCAGCCUCGGGGGAAGCCAGGUCGCGCCCGCGGCCAAGCUCUUCCCCAGGCUGAAGGUGGUGCCGAUGGGCUGGUCGUGGGCGCUGUGGUGGUGCCAGUCCAUCAUGGAGCGCAUCGCGGAGCAGUCGGGCUGCCCUGAGUCGCAGCGGCUGCAUGACGGUCGCCCUGCGCCUGGCCUCAGCGAGUUCGGGCACCUCCAGUACGUGGACAACUUCGUCAGCUUCGGCUACGAUCGUGUCGCCGUCCGCGCUGCGGCGGCGCGGGUGGCGGCCGAGCUGGAGCGCCGCGGCCUGGUGGUCACGCUCGAGGAUCACGCUGGGGAGGAGGAGGGCACCUUCAACGUCCUGGGCUGGGACAUCGCCGCCUCGGGGAGGCUGUCCGCCUCGGGGAGACGCCUGUGGCGUGCGCGGCUCGCUGUCAGGUGCCUUCUCAGGCGAGGCCGCUGCUGCGGGGCGGACAUCGAGCGCAUCCUCGGCCAUCUCAUCUUCAUCACGCUCGUGCGGCGCGAGGGCCUCGCGCUCUUCGAGGCUUGCUUCAGGUUCGUGCAGACCUCGUACCACGUGGAGGCCCCGCUCCCGGGCGGCGUCCGCACCGAGCUCGCAGUGUGGGAUGGGCUGGCGCCCCUCCUCUGGCGGGAUCUGAAGGCGGGCUGGUCGAUGGACGUGGGCGCGGUCGACGCGUCGCCGUGGGGCCUGGGCGCCUGUCAGUCCACCUGGGCGCCAGCGGCAGUCAAGUCCGUCGGGCGGUACUGCGAGCGGUGGCGCUUCGGGCGGGCGGAGAGGCCCCCGCCCCGGCGCCGCGCUCUGGCCGCCAGCCAGCGGGCGCUAGGCCAGGCCAUAGCUGCCGAGGUGGGUGACCCCGCCUCUGGCGGCCCUGGGCUCGUUGCUUUCGCGUCGGCUGCCGACGCCCUGCCAGCCGAGCCCGUCGGCCCGCCUUUGGAGCGCGACCUGGCCGAGUUCCCCGAGGUUCCAAAACCUCACUCACACGCAAUGCUCCGGGUCACGCAGCGCAUCUCUGCCCUGUCCUUGGCUUCUGGGUCGUAUCUGUGCGUGAGGUGGGUGCCCACAGAGUUCAAUGUGGCCGACGGGCCCUCGAGGGGCAGGGGAUCUCCAACAAAGCCUACAGACAUCAUUCUUGACAAGCACGUCCCCGCUAAGCACGACAUCAAUAGCAAGCACGAGUACAACAUUAUCAGCACAGUCAAGCACGAUAUUACCGACAUGCCCAUCAUCAGCAAGUGUGGCAAGCACGACAUCAGCAAACACGACAAGCACGACAUCAGCAAGCACGAGAUCAGCAAGCACGACAUCAACAGGCACAGCUUCACCGACAAGCACGACGUCAGCAAGAUAGGCCAGCACGGCAGCAGCACGCAUGACACCGACAUCAGCACGUUCCUUCCGAAGUGCGACUGGCAUGCUGGGGCGGGCUCGCCGCCGGAGUCGGUCGCCGCGGAGCCAGCCUUCGUCGACCUCGGCAGCCUCGCGACCGGGCCCCCCGGCCGCGCCUGCCGCGCGGACCGCGCCGGGCCCUCUGCAGGGCGUGAGGCGCAGGUGCGGCCGCCGCCGGGCGUGCAGGUGCUCAACGCCGCCGCGGUGCGCACGGCGAGGGGCAGGGAGGCCUACCAGGUGCUGCACACCGCGUUCGUGACUUGGGCCAGGAGCCAGCAGAUGGCGCUGUCCUCGGCCGCGGACGUCGACAAGGCAGCGGUGGGCUACCUGCACGUGAUGUUCGACGAGGGGAAGCACCUGACCUACGCCAACCGCCUUAUCGCGGCCAUCGCUUGGAUGCGGCCCGAGUUCAGUCGGCACGGCCAGCUCCGCCUCCCGCGGGCGAAGCAGGCUGCUGCGGGCUGGAAGAACCUGGCGCCGCCGAAGAGCCGUCAGGCGCUGCCGAUCGAGGUGGUCUUCCUGAUCAUCAACUGGCUUCUCCUCCAGCGGUCCUACGAGGCUGCGCUGGCGGUGUGGCUGCUGUUCGAGAUCUACGGUCGGCCAGGAGAGAUUCACGAGCUGCGAGCCGUGGACCUCGUGCCACCGCUGAUGUCGCGGGGCGCGGCCCACCGCUUCUGGAGCGUGACGCUCCACGCAGCCGAGGUGGGCGACGUGUCCAAGACGAACGAGUUCGACAACUCCGUGCGGCUCGACCUGCCUCGUCAUCAGCGGCUGGCCGCAAGCCUGGACUGGAUGCUGGCGCGCAGGUGGGGCGCGGGCUGGAGGGCGAGCGCCCUCGCCCGAGAGGGCGGGGCCGCAGGCUUGCCCGGCUCGCUCUUCCUCAUCUCGCCCGCGGACGUGUCCCAGGAGUUCAGGCGGGCGGUGACCGCCCUCGGCCUCCGCCGCCUCGGCGCCGUGCACCUGUACCAGAUGCGGCACGACACGUGCUUCGACGGGCACUCGCACCACGUCUUCGUGGUCGGCGACUGGGGCGGCGUGCUCCAGGACAACGGGCAGCCCGCCCCCGCCGACAGCAGGUCUGCGCACUUCGGGAGCAAGGCGCGGGAGUUCGUGCCCGGCGCCGACGACUGCGCGCAGCAGAGGGUGGCGGCCGAGAUGGCGAAGAGGGCAGCCGUCAGCCGCCCGAGCUACGUCAUCAACGUCGGUGACAAUUUCUACUGGGCGGGCAUCAACGCGCGCUGCGGCACCAGCUCCUACCCAGGCACAGACGAGACUGGGCAGUGGGCGGACGGCUUCGAGCGCAUCUACACCGGCGAAGGCCUCGACGGCAAGCAGUGGCUGGGCGUGCUCGGGAAUCACGACUUCGGCGGUCGUGUGUUCACUGCAGGCUGGGACAGGGUCAUCUCCGAGGUUCACUACGUUGAUGUUUCGGUGGAUUACUACUUCGUUGAUUCCAACGUCUGGGACGCGAUGGAUCCGGAUCUGAACCCUGAGCACAACAUCUGUAGUGGAUCGUACAACCCGCCAGACGCGUCAUGCGGAGUGCACGGUCCCAGGUCGCUGUCUGAUUGCGCCUCCUGGUUCGAGAACCUGUGGACGCAGCAGCUGGCCUGGCUCGACAGAGAGCUCUCUGCAUCGGACGCGGACUGGCAAGUGGUCGUGACACACUUUCCUCCUCUGGGCGCUUGGGGUGCAGAUCAAUGGGCCCGCCUGGCGGAAGAGCACGGGAUCGACCUGUUCAUCGCGGGCCACCUGCACCAUCAGUUCGUGAUCGGCCCGCACGCGGACGCGAACCCGCUGGGCGCCACGGCCAUCAUCGUCUCGGGCGGAGGCGGGGGCAUCACGUCCGAGGGAGUCCCCGACGCGAACGGCGACGACGACGAGUAUGGGUUCAUGGACCUCACGCUCUCGCAGCAGCACAUCACCAUAGAGGCCAUCUCCCAUGGCGGGCGGAAUCGCAGCACCACGCGCGUGCGCCCCCGGCCGCGCGGCCGGGCGGACCGGUACGUCUGAGCUGCCGCCCGAGAGCAUCACGGCUGCCGGCGGGGCGACCCUCGGGGAGGCUUGCCCCUGCCUGCUAGGGAGGCCUCGAGAGCCAGCGCUGCGAUCAGAGUACAGCUCGGCGCAAUUUCCACGGGAAGGCACCCUAACAUGUACUGAGCAGCCAAGGCGAAGGGGAGGGCUGAGGACCAGGAGGUGGGCUCUGGGUGACAUCUGUGAGAGCACGGCCAGGUGCACCUCGAUGUUUUGCCUGCGACGGCUCGUGGCCGCGCAGACCCACGAGGAGCAGCGAGCACCGCGGUGAGGGCACGCUUCUUGAGCACACGGCAGGCGAAACCGGCUGCCGGAGCGGCUGCCCGGACUGGGCGGUCUGGGGCUCCCCAACCCCCGUCGUGGCACUCCUCUGUGGCUUUGUCCUCCGCAGCGAAGCGCUGCGCAGGGGAAAAAACACCACGCGAGCCCCAGGCCCACCACAUUCUGCAGCACUUCUCGAGCCGCAUCGAUCCACUGCACCGUAUACAUUGCGAGAAGCAUUGUUUGGGCUCCACGCUGGCUAACAUUUUCUUGAUCGCAUUUUCGGCUGCAUGUGUGGUCGUCGCCCUUCGAGAGGAGGAGGCGAUCUGGCAUCUGUCCCGAAGGUCGGUGAGAUAGUUGCACGUGUGCUGGACGCUGUUGGGCCAAAGUGCGCCGCGGGCAUCGCUCGAGUAUGUCAAUCUGACAAGUUUGAAGGUGCGCUUUUCUUGCACGCGUCGUUGUACAGGGUUGAUUUGGUCGCCCCCCUGCCCGCUGAGAGCCCAGGGAAUUCUCCCAGCCUUCCAGCGUCAGGUUCGGCUCAGCUUCCAGUCGCGUGCUGCAUGCGCGAGUGUUGUUUUUGAGAUGUGUGCCCCGACUCCACGUUUGCACACUUUGGACCCCGCCCAGUCGUUUGAAUAGCUAGUCUGUGCGUUCCCAUGAUAGAGCGUGUCGUGCUUCAACAGAUAGGACAAGACUCGGAGCACCUCAAUUUGUGUUGUCGACGUUCAGCGUUGCAAGCGCUACAACGACACAUUGCGGUGAUGUAUUGUCGUAGCCACAGACAGCCCGCGCUCCUUCGCUUCGGCGUGCAAUAGUAAUUCAUUGAGCUGCAUGUGCUUGCAUGUAAGCUGGUAAGACUGAGCCUCGCCAGCGCGCCAAAAC